CAGUUGUCUACCAUCUGCUUUUAUAAGCUGAAGUCGGGAAGUGAUUGACAUACAAUCACAUUAUCAUCAUUAAUUAUAUUAUUCCUGUGGGAUUUUAUACUUCUCUCUUCUAUCUCUUCCCUCGGUUCUCUCCUCUUCUCUCCUCUGAUCUAUUCUCUUCACUCUUCCCUUCCCCUUUACCUCUUCUUCAUUAUCAUGUGUACUAUUAUUAAAUAUUUUAAUCCAUUUGUAUCAAUUCAUUCAAUUAUUUUAUCUUCAUCGGGCAUUGAUGCACCACCAUAGCUACCUAAAUAAUCAAGGUAAGCCCUGCCAAAUUUGGAACAUUCCCCUCAUGAUAAAAUUAUUGAUUUUGGCUUCUUUUCUCGUAUCGUGGAGUAAUAACACGAAACUGAUAUGAAUGAAUUUAUAGAUUCUCACUUAAAUAUGGCUACAAGAUACAAAGUACCAACCGUUGAAUCAAUAAUCGAAGAUUCCGAAAAUGAAUCAAGGACCGAUGUAAGGGGUACCGAACAAGAAUGCAAGUCUGGCAUAACUCAACGUCAACAUCGCUCUAUCCAUACCUCUACCAUGUCUUCUUCACCUCCAAAAGCAAAUACUAGUAGGGAAAGAGAUAGAUCGAAAAAGAUGCAUAAAUCUACUCCAAGUGGUGGCAGACAUUCUGCAACAAAGGCGAAACCUAAGAAUACAAAUGUGAAGCGCGCAAGUGGAUCAUCUUCAAAAGGAAGUGAGAUGGAGGGGCAGCGCCUUCGUCAAAGGCCUGUACAACUGAGCCGAGAUACGAGCUCAUCAUCGUCAUCAUCGUCGAGUUCUUCGGAUGAAGAAGAAAAUAUUCCUAAUCACAAAUCAAUUCUUGCUGCUUCAAGGGCAAAAUUAACAUCACCAUCCAUGAUAUCGAAUGUAACUUCUUUAACCGCAACAACAAAUAAUUCUAGUAGCUCAAGUGGAAGUAAUUCGACGGUGACUCAAGCUUCUAUCACGAAACGAUCAACCUCAGGAAAGGAGGCCGAAGCUAAAGUAGAGUCUUUAUCACCAGCUGUACCAUCACCUCCAAAUGUAUUUGCAUAUUUGCAAGAGGACUCUGAUGAAGAAGAGGGAGAACAGGAGGGAAAAAAAGAGGAGGAGAAGGAUCAUUCAUCUAAAUGUUUAUUCAAUAAUGGAAAUAAAGACUUCACCCCUGUAUCACGUCCACAUACUCCUGAGGAACAUCCAAGUGGUCCUUCAUCCGUAUCGAGUAGUCUUCACAGCGGUGAUUUCUCUGCUCCAGAAGCAGAUAUCGACACAGAUAGGAGUACAUCCCCAGAAAGAAGUGUUAAUGGUCAGGAAAAUCUACGAGUUACAACAAAUUCCAAAGAUGCAUCAAUUAAAUUAGCAUCUCAAAUGGCAGCCGCCAAUCAACGACAAAAUUAUUACGGAGCAGCUCCAUCAUUUGGACCACCAAAAUCUCAUCAUCGCACAGACAGUAAUCCAGUCUCUCCUUCUGAACUCGAAACACCCCGCAAUCAACAUCCACCUAAACAUGUCCCUUCUCAAAUUGAUCCUACUAUUACAGGUUAUGAACUUCUCGCUUCUCGUCUAUCAUCAUCUUCUCAUUCGGGCUCUGAUACAGUAGUCGAAGAUCGCAUUAAACCAAUGUAUCGAAAAUUCGAAGCUUUAAAUCAUCGUCUUCUCCUUCAUCUUCAAGAUGAAAUAAGCGAAUUGGAAGAACAAUUACAAAGAUUAGAUAAAGCCGAUACAGAAUCCAGAAGGUUACGACAUACUGGUAAUGGUAAUUUUGGAAUAGAUGUAAUUCCUGCAUCGAGAAGAGCUAGUGAACAAAUGGGUGGUGAUUUGCAAUGGCACAAAAUGGAUAUUUUAGGAAGGAUUGGUUAUAAAUUAGCUCAAUACAGUCAGCAAUUCCUUAUAUCCCUACCUUUCCACAUACCCCGCAUAUUCCCCAUACUAACCCUUCUAGAUCAAACUCUAACCUCUUUUCACUCUCUUCAAUCACUUCCUCCCGCCUCUCAACCAGAUAUUACACACUAUCGUGAAUAUCUUCAAACUGCUCGUCCCAUAACCGAAGUAGAAACAAGAUUUCUAGAUCCAAAAGUUGAAGAUGAUUUAAUUUCCGUUGCGUCAGGUUCUUCAGGUUCAAGAAGUCAAGGUCGUCAUCAAAAUGGUGAUCAACUCACCAUUCGUCAAAGACGUUCAAUACCAUCAUCUUCAAUAUCAGAUAGUAGUGAUGAUGAUCAUCCAAUCGAAAGAACACCUACAAGUACACCUAUCGAUUCACCUCUUCAUCCACCACUUCGCUUAACAGAUGAUCAUCUCGCUAUAAAUAUGAAUGGGAAUCCUAAUUCUCAUCCAGAAGAUUUCCCUACUUUGGCUUUUGCAAUCGCACUCAGUAUUCUAGUCCCAAUCUUAACAUUUGCUACAAUUCCAACAUUUCUAGGUAGAAUGACGGUUGUUUGUUUGGUUGGGACGGGUAUUGUGGGUGCAUUGAUUCAAAGUGGGUUUAUGGAAAUAGGUGAUGUUAUUGGUAGUAUUAGGGGUUCGAGAGGUUCGAGAGGUUCUCAAAGAAGAGAGGGAUUGGUUUGUGUGGGGGUUUAUUUGGGGUGUAUGGCUGUGCUUGCUGGGGUUGUUGGGUAGGUUUUGUUCUUGUGUUAUGUUUUGGAAGUGGGAGGAGGAGGGAGAAUGUAUGUUAUGACGAUGUUUUCUUUCUUUCCUUUGUUUUGACUUGGCUAUUCGAGGGAAUCGAAAAUUUUGUAACGUGGUAAAUUGUAUGUUUGAGUAUCGAAAGAGGAAGUAAGAGCCAGCUGUGCUCUGAGAAAUGAAGUUUCACAUGGAUUUUAUUUUUUUUUCUUUCCGGUUCUGUACUUCUUGUAGUUCUUCUUGUAUUGAUCUUCAUUCUGGAUAGAGCGUGGACUUGGACUUGGACUUGGGCUUGUACGAAAUAAAUUCAAUUAACUUGGACUGCAC